GCGACUUUCAUCUGUCGACAGGCUUCGACGCUGCGGCGAUUGAACGCGACUCCAGUGCCAACCACGCCGCACCAACGCAAGCACGCGCACCAAACAAUAAAUAUUUAAUAUUUCAACCCCCAAAAGUUUAUAGUUAUGUACAUAACUUAAACUGGACUUAGUGCAAGUCUUUGUGCCUAAUGCUAUCAGUGAUAUAGUGUCGGACUUAUAAUUGGACAGUGAGGAGUGAACGAUGAUGAUAUCAAGGAUAUUAAUAGCAGCUUUAUGCUGCGCGUACGCAGCUGCGUUGUCGCCGAUUGCCCCUCCGAAUGUUUUGGGCGACAGCAGCGAGUGUGCGCUUUACCUCAACGGACCUGCGCGAUCCACAGCCUACGACUACAGCAUCAACCUACUCAAGGGCAACUUCGGUUACGAAGGACAGUCCAAUUGCAUCACAUACGAAGCCAUCAAUCAAGCUUAUCUCGAAGCCAGAAACAGAAUCUUGGUCACAUUGCCAAAAGGAGACUGGAAGGCUGAACAUUUCGCGAGCGUUGGCGAGCUGAUUCUAGACAUAUCCAUCAACCUGGCCCGAAGAUACGGUCUUACCUACGAAGAAAUAGAGAAGGGUCUGCCGCUCAUUGACACUUCCCGCACCCUCAUCCGUGAAGUAUGUCCACCUGUGUUCUCUCACGUGGAGUGCCGAGCUGGCAAGUACCGAAGGUUCGACGGGCUCUGCAAUAACUUGCAGAACCCUACCUGGGGCGCUACCAUGGCUCCCUUCCAAAGACUAAUAGGGCCACUUUUCGCUGACGGCAUCAACUCGCCUCGUAUCGCGCAUCAUGGUAAAGAUUUGCCACUUUCUCGUGUGGUGUCCCGCACUAUGCACCCUGACGAAGGGUUCCACGACCACGCUGGUACCGUAAUGGUCAUCGCUUGGGGACAGUUCAUGGACCACGAUUACACGCUGACAGCUACUCCUCUUGACCCUGUGAACCGCAACGACCCCGAGGAGUGCUGUAAGCGCCCCCCUCACUUGAAGCACCCCUACUGCAAUGAAAUCCGUAUCCCUGAUGAUGAUUACUUCUACCGUCUGUUUGGAGUCAAGUGCAUCGACUUCGUGAGAGGUUUCCCGUCGCCAAGACCUGGCUGCCGUCUGGGUUCAAGAGUUCCAUUCAACACUUUGACAGGAACUAUAGAUGGAAACACUGUUUAUGGAGUAACUGAGAAAUUCGCCAGAAAGCUGCGUACCGGUUUUGGAGGACUUCUGCGUAUGAACCCAGUGUUCAAAGAGUAUGGACUUAAGGACUUGUUGCCGCUCAAACUUGACAUUCCUGAUGAAGGAUGCACCAGACCCAACAAGAACAUGUACUGCUUCGAAGCUGGUGAAAUUCGUGUCAAUGAACAGUUAGUUCUGACCGUCAUGCACACUCUUAUGGCCCGUGAACAUAACAGAAUAGCCAACGGCCUUGCUGAGGUCAACCCCCACUGGGACGACGAGACACUCUUCCAAGAAGCAAGACGUAUCAACAUUGCUGAAAUACAACAUAUCACUUACAAUGAAUUUUUGCCCAUCCUACUCGGAAAGGACGUUAUGGAAAAGUUCGGAUUGGUAGUGGAAAAGGAGGGUUACUGGGACGGAUACGAUCCAGAAGUGAACCCUGACGUCAUCGCAUCGUUUGCCUCAGCUGCUUAUAGAUUCGGACAUUCUUUGCUACCAACUGCGGUCGAAAGAUGGUCCACAGCACACAAGUUCAUCGCAUCAAAGAGAUUGUCAGACCUCAUUCGUAGACCAUACGAUCUGUACAGAGCUGGUGUCCUAGACGAAUACGUUAUGGGUCUUAUGAACCAGGUAGCCCAAGCUAUGGACGAUUCCAUCACACAAGAAGUUACAAACCAUCUCUUCAAGAAGGUCGGCGCUCGUUUCGGAAUGGACUUGGUGUCAUUUAACAUGCAAAGAGGUCGUGAGUUCGGUAUUCCCGGAUACAUGGAAUUCAGAAAGUUCUGCGGUCUUCCUCCUGCCGACACCUUCCAGGAUCUGUUCGGUUCCAUGCCUAACGCAACUGUUCAAAAGUACGAGACAAUCUUCGACCAUCCAAUUGAUGUGGAUCUCUGGUCCGGUGGUGUGUCUGAGCGUCCUCUGCCCGGUUCCAUGUUGGGGCCCACUUUUGCUUGCAUUAUUGCUACUCAAUUCUCUUACUCAAGACGCGGUGACAGAUUCUGGUACGAACUUCCCAACCAGCCAUCAUCGUUCACACCAGAACAACUGAAGGAGAUCAGAAAAGCGCGAAUGGCGCGUAUCAUUUGUGACAACACAGACAUCAUUGACACUGUCCAACUAUACCCUAUGGUAUUGCCUGACCAUGAAUUGAACCCUCGCGUACCCUGCAGAAGUGGUAUCAUUCCUAUGAUGGACUUUAGCAAAUGGGCUGAGCCCGCGCCUUCGCCAUUCCACGGUGCCGCGAAACAAUUCAUAAUCUGGCGAAAUGAUUACACUGCUAUUGCAAAACCAGACAUCGGUAAGAACGAUAACAAACUAAUUCAAAUAGAUGACGUUGAAGUUAAACCUGUUGUUGAAAUUAAUCCUGAAAACGAUAACGAUUCAAGCGAAGAAAAUAAAAAACCGAAUGUAAGUGAAGAAGUUGAAAGCUUAGAAUCGAUAUUAGGAGUAAAGGAACCUGAAAAUGAUGAUAGUCAAAACGAUAAAAUAAUAGACCAAAAAGUAGUCCAGGAUGGAGACGUGAAACAAGAAUUUGAACGGAUCCCCUUAAAUUAUAAUCAUGCUGAGAAAAAUGAAAACAAGGAACAUCAAGCUCCUGAAUCCCCUAAAGAAGACCCAGAAUUACAACAAAAAGAAGGAACUUUAGAUGCCUUUGCGCCUGAAGAUAUUAAAUACGAUGAACAUUUAAAUAUUAAGUUUGAUGAUUUGGCUAUCAAAUUACCUGAAAUAAAAUUGCCAGAUGAUAUUUUAGCUUACUCGAGACAAGAUUCUCCGUAUUCCGAUGACGACUACAAAAAGCGACUACAAAAAGCGACGACUACUCAAGCAGAUGUGCCAAGUUAUAAACCUAGUUAUUAUUUUAAUCAGAAUGACAAAGAAGAAACACAUGAACGUAAAGAUGAAAGGGAACAUCGCAAUUCAAACGAUGAUAGUGACAACGAUGAUGAUCACGCACCUGACACUGGAUAUUAUGGAUAUUAUGAUAAUAGCAAGAAAAAACAAAAUUAUAAAAAUAAAAAUGCCGAUGAAGAAGAAGAAGAAGAAAGUGAGGAUAACGAAGAUUUGUAUGAAAAAUUCGUACGCGAAAGGUUUGGAAAACAAGGCACUUUUCAAAAAAGGUCUGAAAAAUUACAACAGGCAGCACCACUAAAUCCAGAUUUAUAUAAAACUAUCAAGCAAAUUCUUAAAAAGACUGCAGAUAUAGAUGAACAAGCUAAAAAGAGCGGAGAUCCCAAUGCCGGAUACAUGUGGACCCUCGAAUAUGGUGAAAAGUUGUAG